AUGACUGAAGGACAAAAGAAGCAAAAGAAGAAGGUCACCAAGAUGGCCCUAAGCGACUUCUUGUCGGAUCCCACCACGGGUUCCUGGGCUGAUGAGAUGGACGAUUUGCCUUCUGCCCCUGCUGCUGUCAACCAAGGCGACAACUUCCGCUCCGGUGGAUUUGGCGAUGAUCGCGGAGGUCGUGGCUUCUCGAGCCGUGGUGGAUUCGAGGAGAGAGAGUCGCGCUACCCUGCCCGCACUCCCGUUGAGCUCCCUACCCGUCCCCCAUACACCAUUCAUCUCGGCAACAUCUCUUUCGAUACCACCGAUGCCGACGUCGAGGGCUUCUUCAGCGAGUCCAAGGUAUGGAUCAACCAGAAUCAACAAUUGCAGGAGUACAUGCGGAUUCAUGGAUCGAAGUACUUGGUGUUGGACUAA